CAUCUCAGUCUGUGCAGCUCCAGGUUCAACUGAAAAACCUCAACCUGCUGGUUUGAGACGAAACACUCUAAUCAACUUGUGCUCGAUUUUAUGACACAGGCGAAGAAAAAACAAAAAGUGGUGGAAAACAGGAAGGACAGAUCAGAGUUUACCCCGCUGAACUGGAUUGCUUCGACCCUGCGCCACUAAUUAACAGCCGGAGGAAGAGGAGGAAGUCAUCAGUGGAAUCUGGAACCUGCGUGUGCUCGGCUAGUGAGUGUUUAAAUGCUGUUUUCUGUUACAUACAGCUGCAUAGAGCAAAUUAGUCUGGAAAAAUACGCUCACUAAGCAGAAAGAACAGCUGACAGAAGAGAAAAGAUAAUAAAAAUAGAGGCAAAAAAUCAGAUUCACAAUAAACUAUUUAAUUUAGGGUAAAAUCAGCAUCUUUUUUCAAAAUUUUCUUUUCUAACUCUGUUGGUUUUUUUUGCAAGCAUAGCUCUCCUUAUAUCAGAAAGACCUGCAGUGAACAGCUGUGUCUUUUCAUAGCAGGAAACACUUUUAGACAAGCUGCAAUAUGAAAUUCUAGUGUUUUUACCAAAUUCUUAAUUAAAUAAGACUCUGGUAAUAGCUAUUUCACAGUUAUGUCACAGUAUAAUAAUUCCUCCCUCUGUUUUCAUCUGUGCUAACAACUGUUAAAUUUCUUCUUACCCCGCUAACUAGUCUUGGAGGAUAGCAUGAACACCUUAUGGCCCCAUGUGCCUCUCCAUCAGCAGAGAUCUUUAAUGAUGUUUCAAACCGAAGAACCAAUUUUUUCAGUCGACUCCAGCAGUAGCAGCAGCAGAGAAUCCCAAUUUACCCUCUCGCGGCGUAUCCUGCAGACAGGAUCUGUGGGUGAGGCAUCGCACAAAGUGUCAGAAACAUCUGUUCAAUCUGUUUUGUGCUCCAAUGGACAGUAUGCCAAGAUCUCAGGGCGCACGACUGUAAAAAUGAACCACUGACAAGUCUGUCACACUUGAUAAAAGAAGGGAACAAUAAUAAUCCUGUUGAAACUGCCGAGCGAAGGGAGAAUGGAGUGGACGGGAGCUUUGUAUUUCAGAUAACACGGAAAAAGGAGCAUUUUGUGGAGAUAUUUCAUGCUCCAGACAAAGUGUGGCUGUUUGUGUCCUCUGAGGGGUGAAAGAGGCAGCGUGACCAGCUCAUGGUGGGACCGAGGAGCCCAGUCACCGCUGACAGAAUAGAGUUCACUGGGAUGUGAGAAGAACGACCUCAGUAUACAGACGCAACAGUUCAAACACAAACCAGCCAACUGAUCGCUAUUUGCCAUCACGCCUUUAAAAGUUAUAAAUACAACUAAUUAGUCUGCCGCCUUCUUCAGGCCAGCGAGAGGUAGCGGCCUCUCCUCCACACCCAUCACCCCCAUCCCCAUCCAGCUUCCUCAUGGGAUCGGCAUGAGCGCUUAAUAAGUGCUAAAACAGACAGGAGCACUAUAUAAAACCCCUCUGAGAUCCCUCUGCCUCACCACACUUAGCUCUGGCCAUUCUUCCUUUCAUCGUUCACCCUCGUUCAUUAGGAAGAUUUUAAUUGCCAGGAUCUCACCACAAGAGUUUAAAAGUUACUCACUCAGAAGAGGUGCUGCUGGUUUUUGUCUCCUUAUAUUUCUUGCAAUAUGAGUGAGCAGGCCAAAACAGAGAUGUCGUGUGGGGACCAGGGCAGGGGGGCACCUUGGUACCCCCUGAGGAAGUGGUGGCAGCCCAGCCGGCUUCUCAAUCAGGAUGUUGGCCUGCCGCCCCUCCUGGAGCCGGGGGACGCUCGGUGGAUGGACGUGGAGCGGCUCCAGAGGAGUCUGGCAGGAUGUUUCAUACCCGCUCCGCUCUUCGUGCCCUACAUCUCUGGGUCUGUGCAUCAUAACGGCCAGAAGAUCAGCAAGUGGAGGGUGGGCAUGGACGUGGCUCACUUCUCCCCCUCGGAGAUUUCUCUCAGCGUCAGACACGGAUUCCUGGAGGUUGAAGGGAGGCACGAGGAGCGGCCAGACGAGCAUGGAUUUAUUGCCAGAUGUUUUACAAGGAAAUACAGACUCCCAGCUGAGGUGGAUGUUACCAACAUCACGUCGACGCUUUCAGUUGAUGGGAUUCUGACUGUGGAAGCUCCAGUUCCUGAAACCUCUGUUCCUGCUGCCAUCCUCAUUCCUAUAAAGGUGGAAAAAGGAAGUACUGGAGAGGAAGAAGAGGCCUCUGGUACAGAUGCAGAUACCUGCUCAGCACCAGGUCACCCAGAGUCUUCAGAGGAUCAAGCAGAAACGUCUCCGUCAGAUUCCCAGCUUGGCAGCACCUCAUUUGGACUUCAGCAGCAUGAAGAGAGGAGGGAAGAGGAGGAGGAGACCCGUGAAAAGCCAGCUGGAGAGAGCCACCCUUCAGUGCCUGCAGACGACGAAGGCACAGAGAGUCUUCAAGAUUCUCCUGAGCACCGUGAAAUGCUGGAAAGCCAAGAAGGCCCGGAAACGUCCAAACAGCUGGAGCACAAAGAGGCAGCCGUGGAUGGAGAGAUCCAGGUAAUGGCGAGCUCAGAGGAAGCUGCCGUGGAGAUCACCCAGGCUGUGGAGCAGGAGCUGGGCGCCAGUCCACAGAGCGACGUCCAGAGCCAGGAGCUGGAGGCUGCCGACAUAAAGCAAGAGCACACCGAGUGAACACACAAUAAAACACAAUAUCAUGAAGGCAAAAUCCUGAAACAGCCUGCACAGCUUGUCUUGCGUCAGUGCCACAGAUGCAUUCUAGUCAAUAGCCGUAUAACCAUGCUGUCUUUGGAGCUCCAAUAAAGCAUGAGGUGUGAAAAUGCUAAA